GGCGGACCUCCAACACAUCACCGUUGGGCUGUUUACGUGUAGCCGCCGCAGCUCCUCCGGACUUUCUUCAUUGACAGUCUUUCGGCCUGCCACACACGCCAGCAGUCUCAUUCAUUUCGAAAAGGUUGCCGUCACCGGACACAUCGGCAAAAUCCGUGGUCGGGUCCAAGAAGGCCGUGGAGGCGUGGAAAAUUUUUAUUCGGUGAAAAGUGGAAAGUUGGUGAAAAGUAAGGGAUUUUGGUUAGGGGGAAAGUGAAAAUUUCCCGUUUUUCUCGCUGACGAAGAAGAAGCACAUUUCUGGCCGAAAUGGGGAUCAAAUUCCUGGAGAUUAUCAAACCAUUCUGCAGUAUCCUGCCGGAGAUUGCGAAACCGGAGCGGAAGAUCCAGUUCCGGGAGAAGGUGCUAUGGACGGCCAUCACGUUGUUCAUUUUCCUGGUGUGCUGCCAGAUCCCGUUGUUCGGAAUCAUGAGCUCGGAUUCGGCGGAUCCGUUUUACUGGAUUCGUGUCAUCUUGGCGUCGAAUCGAGGAACGUUGAUGGAGCUGGGUAUCUCUCCGAUCGUCACUUCCGGUCUGAUUAUGCAGCUGCUGGCUGGUGCGAAGAUUAUCGAGGUUGGUGACACUCCGAAGGAUCGUGCCCUGUUCAACGGAGCGCAGAAACUGUUCGGAAUGGUCAUUACGAUUGGCCAGGCUAUUGUCUACGUCAUGACCGGAAUGUACGGCGACCCGGCGGAGAUUGGUGCCGGCGUGUGUCUCCUGAUCAUCAUCCAGCUGUUCGUGGCCGGGUUGAUUGUGCUGCUGCUCGACGAACUGCUCCAGAAGGGUUACGGUCUCGGGUCCGGAAUCUCGCUCUUCAUCGCCACCAACAUUUGCGAAACCAUCGUGUGGAAGGCCUUCUCGCCGGCCACCGUCAACACCGGACGCGGAACCGAGUUCGAGGGAGCCGUGAUUGCGCUGUUCCACCUGUUGGCCACCCGCCAGGACAAGGUUCGCGGUCUGCGCGAGGCCUUCUACCGCCAGAAUCUGCCCAACCUGAUGAACCUGCUCGCGACUGUGCUCGUGUUUGCGGUGGUCAUAUACUUCCAGGGCUUCCGAGUGGACCUACCGAUCAAGUCUGCCCGCUACCGCGGCCAGUACAGCAGCUACCCGAUCAAGCUGUUCUACACCAGCAACAUCCCGAUCAUCCUGCAGUCCGCCCUGGUCUCCAACCUUUACGUCAUUUCUCAGAUGUUGGCGGUCAAAUUCCACGGCAACUUCAUCGUGAACCUGCUCGGAACCUGGGCCGACGUCAGCGGCGGUGGCCCCGCCCGUGCCUACCCCAUCGGCGGCCUCUGCUACUAUCUCUCCCCGCCGGAAUCCCUCUCCCACAUCGCCACCGACCCGAUCCACGCCCUGCUCUACAUCUGCUUCAUGCUCGGCUCGUGCGCCUUCUUCUCCAAGACCUGGAUCGACGUGUCCGGCAGCUCCGCCAAGGACGUCGCCAAGCAGCUCAAGGAGCAGCAGAUGAUCAUGCGCGGCCACCGCGAAAACUCCAUGAUCCACGAGCUCAACCGGUACAUCCCGACGGCGGCCGCCUUCGGAGGCCUCUGCAUCGGCGCCCUCUCCGUCAUCGCCGACUUUAUGGGCGCGAUCGGGUCCGGCACCGGUAUCCUGCUCGCCGUCACCAUCAUCUACCAGUACUUUGAGAUCUUCGUCAAGGAGCAGAGCGAAAUGGGCGGCAUGGGAACGCUUCUCUUCUAAGCUUAUUUCACCAGUUUUCAUCGCUUCAAGAAUGUGCAUUUUUUUUUAUUUGCAGCUAGGCGAAGUUUUUCAUACAGUAAUUUAUUAUAUUUCUGUUUAAAGAGAAAGCGCGAGCGAUAGUGUGUGCAAAACAAUUAUAACAUUAAAAACAAAAAAACGCGUAGCAGGUAGCGAACUUUUUCCCCCCCACACUUUUUUCAUAAUGUACAAAAGUUAGUGCUACGGCGGCGAAAGUCCCAAAUAAACCGAGAGAGAAAAGUUAAGCUAAAAAAUCGAAAAAUUGAGGAAUAAAAUCGACAAAAAUAUACAAAAAUCCAUAACUAAAAAAGCAAUAGAGAGAGGAUUAACGUGGAACGAAACUUACAAGAUAGUGCAUUAAAGAAAAAAAGAAACCACAACAUAGUGACAGCAAACAAACGAAGAAGAAGAAGAAAAAACACAUGAGGAAAGAGAAAAUAACAAAAUUUGAGAUUUUAAGACUUUUCCUAUUACCUAGAUAAGAGAUGAGCGAGACAACCAAUUAAUCUUGUGUUUGUUUAUUUUUUUCUGUGAGAAAGAACAAUAAAGAAAAAUGAAAAUUUUCCAAAACGA